AUGCGUUGGUCCAAGCCCGCCACCCCCACGACACCAGAGACAUGGCCCCCUCAUCCUCCACCGGGCGAGACGGAGCUCGAGCGCGCCGUGCGGGUCGAGGAAGAGAAGGAGGCUAAGCGAACGUCGGACGCAAUCGACAGGGAGCUAGAGCUGGAGCGGGUAGAGCAGCGGAAGCACAGGCAUUCCACGAGGGUGUUACUGCUCGGCCAGGCCGAGUCGGGCAAGUCGACGAUGCUGAAGAACUUCCAGCUGCACUUCGCACCUGAGGCCUUCCACGCCGAGUCCGAGGCGUGGCGCGCAGUCAUUCAUCUCAAUCUCAUCAGAUCCGUCAACUUCAUUCUCGACCUCCUGCCCGGCGGCCCGUCGUCGACCCUCUCGGAGCUGCGCCACUCACGUAGCUUCUCCGGAAACACGCUGGGUGAUGCUGACAGCCUCUUACGGCAUUUCCGAGUGCGACUGUCGCCUCUGCGUCAGGUCGAGCUCAUCCUAGUGCAGCGGUUGAGUGCCGACGAUCCGGCGCGCACAGCGGUCAACGUCGAGGAGGCCACGCCAUGGUACUAUGGGCGAGCUUCAGAAGUCUCCAUUCGCGGAGGGUCUGGAUGGAAGGCGCUCCUGCGCCGGAAGUGGAACUCACAGAUGGGAGCCCGUCCGGACGAGCUGGAUAAGGCGAGGCAAAUCCUACAUGCCUGCCGAGAAGACAUUGCCGAGUUGUGGGUACACCCGGACGUGCAGAAGGGACUGGAGGCAGAAGGUGUAGUCCUGCGAGAUCAGUCUGGAUUUUUCGUUGACGACGCGCUUCGUAUCGCAGCUGCAGACUAUGAACCAACGCCGCUUGAUAUCCUCCGAGCGCGCCUCCAGACAAUUGGCGUAGAGCAACACAUCAUCUCGGUGGAACGAUUUGGCGAACCCAGCCACCGAUGGGUCUUCUACGACGUCGGUGGCGCAAAAGGCCACAGAGCCUCGUGGGCUCCCUUCUUCGAUGACGUGGACGCAAUCCUCUUCCUCUGUCCCAUGUCCGGCUUCAACGAAGUCUUGCUGGAAGACCGCAGGGUGAACAGGCUGCUCGAUUCGUUCAAUCUGUGGAAGACAAUAUGCAUGAGCCGGCUCCUGAAAGGGACAACCUUCAUCCUACUCCUCAAUAAGACUGACCUCCUCAAGACCAAGCUCGAGGCCGGCGUGUCCUUCGCGCAGUAUGUGAAGAGCUACAAAGAUGGCCCUAACGAACACGAACAUGUUUGCGAUUACCUGAAGCGCAAGUUCGUCGCCAUGUGCAAGCAUAACUCCGCUCGAGAACGGCAACUACACGUCCACGUCACCUGUGCCACCGACAUCAGUACCACCGCCAUCGUCAUCAACCGCAUCAAGGAUGCGAUUGUCGUGAACAACCUCAUUUCCAGCGACUAUCUCUAG